GUUCGCACUAGGGCUUGCGAGUUGCUUGUGUGUAGAUAAAUUGGUCCAUUCUUGUGCAGAGUCUCCAUUUAUCUCCAGAUUUGUUGCACAAUCUCUCUAGCUCCAAGGUUCACUCGCUGGCCUUUCUAACUUUUAUUACAGUCCAUCAACGAAUAUAAUAUCCGGUGAACACAUAAUGUCUAGUGGUCUUUGCGUCUCUCACCAGUAGAAGAACUAUCUGCGUAAGAUUUGACAUGGUGUACCACUCCAGUUUUGUUGACGAUGAAGAAAUUACUAAAGCAUGUGGUUGUCCUCUACUUCCCUUGAAAAGCCACAUAAAAGGACCAGCUCCAGUUUCAGAACAAGAAAGCACGGACAUUGUGGAUGAAGCAAUCACAUUCUUUCGAGCCAACGUGUUCUUUAGAAACUUUGACAUCAAGAGUUCAGCUGACAAACUUCUUAUCUACUUAACAUUUUAUAUAAAUAUUGCUUUAAAGAGGCUUGAAGGCUGCAGAACCUUAGCUGAAGGAACCAAAGCAAUUAUUAAUCUAGGGCUAGAAAAGGUGCCCGUACCUGGAGAGCAUGGAUUCCCUUUUCCGGGACUGUUCGUCAAUCCGCAAUCUCAACACGAAGCAGAGCUCUUUAGAAAUUACUUGAAACAGAUUCGUGAGGAAACCAGUGGAAGAUUAUUGAGCGUGGCAUAUCGAUCUAAUGGAACUCCAAACAAAUGGUGGCUUGCAUUUGCAAAGAGGAAAUUUAUGAACAUAAUUAUACCUUGAGGUAUUUGUUUCUUCAAACACAUUAUACAACAGCUAUUGCUACCUUUGACUUGACUGACAAUGAGCAUUUUUUUUUUUUUUUUAAUAAAACCACUAGUAUUCUUUGUUUAAUGCCCCUGGUGCUUAUAUUUUCCCUAGCUGAUUAAAGUUAGAGCUUGAUUGAGAUGUAAUUACAAGUGCUAAUGGUUAUGUUGCACCUCUAUAAAUGACAUGGGAGCUAUAGUCAAUGUAUGCGUUUGUUGUUCAUUGAACAUUAUUAACAACUUUUUCAAGCAUUUUAUUUGUUAAAAUUUCAUUCAGAUAGACAUUAUAUUUUGCUCCGGGUAUCAUAUUGUUUGUGAUUUUUGAAACAAUUUAGGUGUAU